AAACCCUAGCUCCCGACUUUCAUAGAUAAAUACAAACACAGCCGUUUACGCUUUCUCUUGCAGAAGCACAAGGUAAGAUUGAAGGAGGAGACCGGAACUCUUCUUCGCCAAAACCCUAGUUCGAGCUCACCAACAACAAUCUUUCGCAAUGACUAAGCGUACCAAGAAGGCCGGAAUUGUGGGUAAAUAUGGUACCAGAUAUGGAGCUUCAUUAAGGAAACAGAUUAAGAAGAUGGAAGUGAGUCAGCAUGCAAAGUACUUCUGUGAGUUCUGCGGAAAGUACGCUGUGAAGAGACAGGCUGUUGGAAUCUGGGGAUGCAAGGAUUGUGGCAAAGUUAAAGCUGGUGGUGCUUACACUUUGAACACCGCCAGUGCCGUGACAGUUAGAAGCACCAUUAGAAGGUUGAGGGAGCAAACUGAAUCUUAGAUUGAUCUCGUUAUCUAUAUUUUGUAUUUUGGUACUGGGUGAGAGGUACCAUCAGAGCUAAUUUAGUGUUUAUCACCUUUUCUGGUCUUCAAGAACUAGUUAGUCAUUUUGUUAUUCAGAGAUUUUUGAUAAUGUCUAGUAUCUUACAUUUGUGAGCAGACUAUUUCUUUGUUUCAAAUUAUGGAAUUCUGAUGAAUCUUAUAUUAUUCUCAUUUCAUACUUUCUUGAUGUUAGAUUUUGUUUGUAUGUUA